AUCGUAACCUCUCUUGUAUCUCUGUACACAUUUCCGCUUAUCUCGAGCAUACCCUCAGUCGUCCGACUCAUUUCGAGCUGCUGAUCUCCUCAGGCGAGAUGGGAGACCUACUUCGACCGCCAGAGGCUGAGGACUCGUUGAUCCUCGCUCUUAACGCGCCGCACGCCGAUUCCAUCGCGUCGAGUUCCAAUCUGGAGAGAAGCAAAUCUCAUCCUGCACGACAAGCUGGACUUGUUCCCUCUCCGAGGUCAGUAUCACCUCGUUUGAGAGCUUCUCCACUCUUGGACUCUCAUCUGAGCCUUUCGCGGGCUUCCAACUCUUUGUUGCGACGGAAUUCCGGCAAAGAGAAGCAUUCAAAUGGAAUGCAUCGUCCGCCAGUAGACAGUGCCGCCCUGAGUCCGAGGUCAGAUGAAGAGGUCGUCGACGUCAUCGAGACUCCUCAGCUUCGCCUGGAUCGCGACCCAGAGACUGGGAGAAAAAUGAUUAAUCAGUACCUCGUCAGGCAUGAGAUUGGACAUGGUACGCACGGGAGGGUCCGCCUAGGCGAAGAUAUCUCGGCAGAAAACGGUCUAGAAGACAGCGACGCAGAGCACGAACGGGCUUUCUAUGCCAUAAAGAUUGUCGACCGGUCCUCAAAGAAGCGACGAUUGGGUGGGCUCUCAAGGCAAAAAGGCAAUGGUGAGGGCGCAAAUAUGGUUAACGAGAGCGAGAUCCGCAAAGAAAUAGCCAUCUUCAAGAAGGUCAACCAUCCAAAUGUUGUGAAGAUGAAGGAGAUAAUCGAUGACCCAGAGUCCAGUAAAUUGUUCAUGAUCAUGGAAUACUGUGAAGGGGGCGAAGUACAGUGGAGGACAUCAGACGGGCAUCCAGCCCUCUCAUUAGAGGAGACACGGAACGUCUUCCGUGACACCUUACUGGGCCUGGAGUACUUACAUCACCAGGGUAUCAUACAUCGGGACAUCAAGCCAUCAAAUUUGCUGAGGUCCGCAGACGGUACAGUUAAGAUUUCCGACUUUGGAUGUUCGCAUUUCUCGGAGGCUCUGCGAACCGCCUCGGCUCAAUCAGGCCCGGAAGGGGAGGAGUAUGUUGACGAUAUUGAGCUGGCGAAGACGGCCGGAUCGCCAGCAUUCUUUGCUCCUGAAAUGUGCUUCUCCGGGACCGAGGACAACUCCCUUGUCGUUGAUCUAGGCGAUUCUCCAUCGUCCGCCUCUCGCCACCCAAUAACCAACGCAAUCGACGUGUGGGCGCUCGGCGUGACCCUCUACUGCUUGUCAUAUGGCCGCACACCUUUCGAUGCCGCCAAUGAGUACCUCCUCAUGCAGGCGAUACCGCAUGCCAAAAUCCAGUACCCCCGGCUCAUGUGCAGCGACGGAGUAGCCGAGUCCCCCGAGUCUCACGAGUGUCUAAACUUGCUGCAUCGAUUAUUAGAGAAAGACCCCGCCAAACGCAUCACCCUGGAACAAGCCAAACGUCAUCCCUUCACGUUGCGUGGCUUGCCAGAGCCCACGACUUGGCUUGCGUCUACAGAUCCGCACGUUCAGAGUUUCGUCACUGUAUCUAGUGAUGAGGUUGCCGCUGUGGUCAUCAAAUCGAGUAGCUUUCGUGACAAGUUCCGAAAGGGCAUUCGCAACAUCUCAAACAGGCUACAACUAUUCAGCAACGUGGGACGGUCACGUAGUCGGAGCUUUGGGGAAGACUCUUCUACAGCAACCCCCGCCACGCCUUUUGCUAAUCGCUCAACGAUCCAUGCAGUAUCACCAGGCGCUAUCUCUCGGCGACUAUCCCUCCGAAACCACCGCCGGACGAGGGAUCCCAGUCGAUCGGAUUCCGUUGCUCCUGCUCGGAGUCUCUCUUCUCAGGACCCUCGGGAUAAGCAAUCGCCUGCAAUCCAUCGGUCCCACUCUUCGCAACUACUUCAGCUUCCCACCAAUGUUAAGUCUUCAGUCGACUCUACAGAUCCUCCCUCUCCCUUCAGUCUACUCAACGAGCAGAAUCGUUUGAUUCGCAGAUCAAGUGAUGUCGAAGCUGUGAAUAGUCGGACAACGGAUGGUCAUACGGCGACCUCUGGUAUUACUGGAAAGUUUUCGCGCCUUUUGUCCCGAACGAAUAGUCAAAGUAGGUCAAGUCGCCAGCGAUCACGCCUUCGUAAUGGUGAUAGCGAGAGUCCGAUUACGCCAACCAUCUCGAUUUCAGAUGCCAGACCUAGCACAUCCUCCGUGGAUGACGCCAGUUCUUCGUCGUCGGUCCAACAUGCGGAUGUGGAGACUGUUGCAGCUCGUGUCACUCCCACAUCUUCAUGGGAGUCCCGUAUGAGGCCUCCCGUCCUACCAGAUUAUUCCGGACGGAUAAGCCAGGACGAAGUCGACUGGAAUGAAACCUUGUCGGACGAUGAGGACGAGGAGUGCGUCAUGAAUGAUAGCGCUGUGUAUCCCAUGGGGAGCCAAGAUCUGAUUCGCGGUCGCCGUCCAAGCCAGGUGAUGGAGGAUGAAGCAGAAGGAGCCUUGGCGAUCUCGGUGCGGAGUCGCACUGUAUCAGGUCGAAGGCAGAGCGUGACUGAAUAGAUGGCAUGUUGUAUGC